UAAGAGCCAAAACGCUGGACAGCAAGCUCGCAGCGCGUGUGGAGGAGGAAUCAGAGAAACAGAGCUAUUGAAAAGAUGAAAAAAUGGCAAAGAAUAAGUCAACGGUGUACUUAGGCUAUGACGAUGAAGAAAUUACAGCCAAACAGGCUGCAUAUCUGAAUAGCAGCACAAACAAAAUCGGUGGUACUCCAAAUUGGCCGCGACAUGAAGUGACCGUCCCCGCAUGCCCACUGUGCGGCAUGGUGCGUCCCUUGAUUGUGCAGAUGUAUGCUCCUUUGGAUCGUUCGCAGUUCCAUCGCAAUCUGUAUGUGUUUGCCUGCGUGAGCCCGGCCUGCUCGCCGAAUCAGAAGAGUUGGGUGUGUGUGCGCACCCAGCAUCUGGACAAUCAGUUUGAUGUCAUCAGUGAGCAGUCACCGAAGUUGGCCACCAACAAGCAAAACAACAAGAAGAAGCACAAGUCGAGCGGAUUGCCAAAGGUGAACUGGUGCAGUGGAGCCGACGAUUGGGGCUGGGGCGAACCGGAGAUCGUUGACGAGGCCAUGGAUCUCACUGCCGACGAUGAGCAGAACGAGCGCAAUGGCAAUGUGAGGCCAAGUGCCUUGCAAUAUGUCCAGCCUGACGAUGAUUUCGAGGGAUCAUCGGACACAGCGGGUCACGAUAUCGGCAAGGUGGUCGGCGAGAAUGAUGAUGAUGACGAUGAGAGCACCUCAGUUGAGAAUGAUUUGGUCAGCGGCUUUGGUCAAAUCGAUAUGAAUUCACCGGAGAAAGCUGGCGAGGAUCCCAAUGCGAAUUGUGCAGCGGCAGUUGUGCCAACAGCCAGUGCAGAUGGAGCAGGCGCAGCUGCCACAGCGAUUAUUUGUGCCGAAAUUGAGGGAUCCGAGACGGAUGUUGUUCUGGUCGACACCCCAAAGAAACCGGAGCGAGAUCUGAUUGCGUUGCUGAAGCACACCUCGUUGCCGGCCACUCUGGGACCACUGUCCCAGAUCAAAGAUCUGACUCUCAGGUCAAUUUACAUUGCAGUGGAUGUUGAAGCGAAUGCCAAGCAGGAUGAUUAUGAGAACUAUGGUGGCUUGCUGUCCAUGGAUCACAUACGCGACUUGUACCAAGAGUACAAGCUGCAGGAUGAGAAUCCAUCUCGUUCGCCUGUCGCAUCAGCCGCUGCUGCUGCUGCUGGCGGUGGUGGUGGCAACGAAGCAGCCGAUGAGCAGGAGACUUACGAGAAAGCGUUACCCGCCCACGGGGAUUUGGUGUUUCACAACUUCAUCACAACCAUCCAACAAAAUCCCGGACAGAUUCUGAGAUACUCGCGUGAUGCACAUCCGCUGUUGGUGGCGCCACUAAACGAGCCGCUGCCAAAGUGUCAGAACUGCAAGGGUGAUACUAUUUGUGAGGUGCAGCUGUUGCCAACGCUUAUUCCCAAGCUGCGAUUCCAACAGAAUUCCUGCAAUGCGCCAAUCGAAUACGGCAACGUCUUAGUUUUCACUUGCCUAAAGAGCUGCUGGGAUACACCCGACCAGAUGCGCUAUGAGCACGUUGUUGUGCAGUCUGAAACAUAGAUCAACUUCAGCCUGCUGCAGUAGCUUCUAAGGAUCUCUUGCAGUCCCAAAACAACAACAAAAACAAAUAAUAUUUUGAUCGCAAAUUGCAAUUAUGUAACUUAGAGAAUGAAAAGCAAAGCUUUCUCACUUAUCCUAGGAUGAUUUUAUGCUCUAGUUGUUAAGAACGUUGUACGCUUUUAGACAGCAAAUGCUAAAUAUUAAUAAUGCAUACUUGCUAAAGACUCGUUAUUUCCACUCACACUAAAAACUUUUUAAUUAGAGAAACGCUA